AUGCCGCAGAUCGUACUCAGUGUCCGGCCGAAGGUAUCGGAAUGGGCGGUUCCCCGGCCAAGAAAACUCGGAUUCUUGACUGUCCCCAUCGACAUUCGAUACCAGAUUUACAAGCUGGUUCUCAUCGAUCCAGUCCUGCUAUGGGACAAGAGACACAAACUGAAUUGCAAAUUCAAGACUUUCAACCCUCAAAAGUCGGAGCCUCCACCGUUUCUCAUGACACAGAUUGACAUCGACGAAGACGGCGUCGAAACUAUCCCAGACUGUGAUUGCGGCAAAAGAGAGGGAACGAACCUGUUGUUGGCCAAUCGCCAGAUACACGAAGAGUCAGCCCCAAUCUUCUGGUCUCGCAACACCUUUUGCUGCUUGGGUGGAUGGGAUGUCGUUGGCGCAACUGAUUAUGAGCUGCGCACCGCAACACUCACCUGGAUCAAGCACAUCAGCAUCAUGAACCCGGAACCCCAGGGCGCGUCAGACCAUAUCAGAUACUUCGACGCAUCAGGCUGGAAGGUCGAUCGAGAAUGGAGCCAAUCCCUAUUCUGGCCCUCUGUCUCAAAAUUGUCGGCGCUUUCAUCGUUGCAGGUACCCCCACAUCUCAUCUUCACCAAUCGCGAGUUGUACGAGGCGGCUUGGUUGCAGAAUCCAGAGCUCAAGAUUGAAAUGGUCGGCUUGAUACCAUUCUGUCGAGACCCUGACGUUGAUUUCAUGGGCUUCGGAGGCGUGUCGCGAAAGAACUUCCGUUUGCACUGGUCAACAAUCUACGUCCAAGCCGUUCAGCCUCUUAACAUCAAAGAAUUGCAAGGAUCAGAACGCUCUUCAGACACCAAGUGUGCAACCUUCCUGGAAACAUUGUUCGAAAUCAACACGGCUGUGAAGACCCGCUUCUUUGGGGUGGACCCGAACUAUCUUGUGAUUUGGGAGGACUUUUGGAAAAUCCCGGACGGCUUUGACGAGUUCAACGACCACCACUCGGUUCAUGUCGCCAUUCCAGACUCAUUAGUUGACAGGGAGGUUCUUAUCAAGUUUUAUGGCUUGCCGUCUUCCAAACAAACGGAGGCACGACGAGUCCAAGAAAAGGCUGCUCGUGACGCUGAGCAGAGGGCCCUCAACGGCUUGACCGUGAAGCAAAAUGAGGUGCACGAGGCUAGUCGUGAUAACAAACGGUAUUGGCGAAACUGUUUGGAGAAUUACCGGGUUGGGCGCUGGUACAGGUACUAUUAUAUUGAGAACCCGUGGAUCGGGGAGGGAAUGUGGGAUUCCACGGGCAACCCCUCGCCUCAACCACUGCCUGCGAGAAUCGAGGCUGUCAAGAAGAAGACUAGAGAGAAAGCCAAGCGUAAAUCAGAGAAGUCGAACGCAGAGGCAAGAAAGAUUGAGCGGAAGAGGGUCCGCGGGAAGGGAUGUUGA